AAAAUUGAUCACAAAGGUCAUUGGUGUAAUCACGAAGGAGACAAAGAUGGAGUAAGUCAACCAAAAUAGAGAAGCAUGCGAUGAAUGACGAACCUUAUAUAACCAUUCUUUUUCUUCGUUAAUUUUGUGAAAUGCAGUCGGUGGCACAAUACGGGAAGUUUGUCGUUCGUGCCAUCGCUGCCGGAAUCCACAAUGAAUUUCAAUUAAAAAGUCCUUUCGAUAAAGCAAAAGAACCACUUCAUUUGGUAACUGGAACAUCAGGAUUUUCCAAAUCAGUGAGCAAGUCAAACCAAUUUAGUAAAUGGACAUUUGGAGAUGAUGCAUAUUUUAUAAGUAGGAAUAAAGUAGCUGAUGUUUUGGGAGUUGCAGAUGGUGUUGGCGGUUGGAGAAACUAUGGCAUCGACCCAUCAUCUUUUCCUAGGAGUCUGAUGAUGGCCUGUGAACGUAUGGUGAGGACUGGACAUUUUGUACCUCAGUCUCCUGCCAACAUUAUAGCCGCUGGCUAUAGUGAGAUGCUUGAACAAAAAGUUUUAACUUUAGGCAGCAGUACAGCCUGUGUUGUUUCACUACAUCGAGAGGAACGCACCAUUUAUUCUGCCAAUCUAGGAGAUAGUGGUUUCCUAGUUGUGCGGGAUGGAGAAAUAGUCCACCGAUCUACUGAACAGCAGCACUAUUUUAACACUCCUUAUCAGCUGGCAAUGGCUCCUCCCUCUGGCGAUGGGUUAUGGCUUAGUGACAGCCCAGAUGUUGCUGAAACAUCCUCAUUUAAAGUUCAAGAUGGUGAUAUUUUGAUGUUGGCCACAGAUGGUUUGUUUGACAAUCUAAGUGAGGAUAUGAUUGUUCGAACUCUGGAAUCUCUACAUAGCACCAAAGAAGAAGAAAAAAUUCAGUCAGCAGCCUGCAGCAUAGCUGAGCAUGCCUACAAGCUUUCAUUAGAUCCAGAUUACAUGUCUCCCUUUGCUCUUUCAGCGUGUGACAUUGGCAUAGAUUUGAGAGGUGGAAAGCCAGAUGACAUAACUUGUAUUGUGGCACGUGUGACGCACCAGUCUGACAUUUUCUUGUGAGGUCUCAUUAUUUAUCAUGUGAAUAAUUGAUUGGCUCAAUUAGACAGUGUGUGUGUGUGUGUGUAUAGAUAAAAAAAAAGGAGUGCUAAGGAAGGUAUGAAAAAGAUAUUAGGGUGUUGUUGUUUUUUUGUCCCUUCCAAAUUCUAAUGUGUGAUUAGGAUAAGACUGUCAACUCUUGUCAUAUUAAAUAGAUGGUAGUUUUGCUUGAUAUAUUAACUUUGAACUAGUUUAGAGUAAUAUGAACAGAAAAAUGGACUGAAUUCAUAUGUGUAAAUAUUGUAUGAAAAAAGAAAGCAGCAAAAUAAUUUACUGAUAAUGAGAUCAAAUAACACUUUUGGAAAAAGAGAAAGGCUGGGUGCCUGACUUGAAAUAUAUAGUUUUAUGUAAAAUAUUUUGGUAAGGAGAAUCAUGUGUACGAAAGCUUUUUUUUUUUUUUUUAAAUGUGUGUAGUUACAUCAACUUUGCUGUGGUUACAGUAUUCUUGUGUAAAUAUUUUCAUUGUAUAGACUAGGACACUGGAGAAGCUCUCCUAACUAAAACUCAGUUUCAUUUCUUUCACGAAAAUAUCUAAAGGCCCACAUAAAUUAAAACCCAAAUUGAAAUUUUAAAUUAUACAUUAAUAAUGUUUAUAUAUUGUAAGUCUAAGAAAAAUAAUUUUUUUUUUACAUUUUGACUGCUUUUAAUAUUGCACAGGUUGAUUUUGUUGAAAGACUUGCAGCUAAUUUCAUUGAUAUUUAAAUUACAUUUUUGUUGUUGAGACAAACUUUUUAGUCUACUUAGAGAAUCUUGUGAAACAUGUGAACCUCAGAUUUUGUUUUACAUCUUCUCAUUUCACAUCAUCAUUUUUUGUUCACCUCAUGUGUGUUAGAUUUCCGAGAGACAUUUCAUGUACAGAACAUUCCUAAGAAUAGAUUUUUUGAUCUUGGAGUGAUGAGAAGUUGAUUUUUUUUUUUUCAAUUCUGUUAUGAGUCAUACCAAAUCAUUUCAAAAUCAAAUGUAUAAUAUCAGUAUAUUGUUUCAGAUAAAAAUGAUACUCAGAAUGUAGAUUUUUAAUGACCGUGAGUACUCUAUCAUACCUGAAAAGAAAUAGAUUAGGUAUAUUGUAAUAUUGCAUUUUGUUAAAAGUUGUAGAUCUUUAUUAUAUGAGUUUUUGUUUUUUUUGUUUCAUUAAUGAAUGCAAAAUAGAAAUAUUACAAAGUAUUUUUUUGUAGUCCAAUAAUUAACAGGGAUUAAUUUUUAGUUGUCCCGUCAUGGAACUUGUUCUUUCUCUUAAAUACGAUAGAUUGCUUUGUUUUUUUCUAUGGUUAUUAUUUGUCCAUUGAGAUUGCUAACAAAUUGUGUGUACAUAUGUAUGAAAACUUUCUGGCUCAGCAGAGUUGAUGUUGCCAAUGUGUGUCUGUAUGUUGCUCUGAAUAUUUUGAUGUCUACAACUUACAAUGUUGCCUAUUAUAAUUUAUGCAAGUAACUGAAUCUGUGUGCAUUAUGUCCGCACAAUCUAAAUAUCUUACAUAGAAAUCUGAUAGAACUGUUAUUUGGACAUCGUGGAGCAGUGAUGGUAUAACAAAGUAAAGAAUGGAUAGAUUCAGAAAUCUUGGAAAAUAAACAUACUAACUGAAAUAUAGAAUUAUAUUGUUACCUUUGAUUUAGCUGAGUAAGAUCUCUGCAUUUUGUUUGCACAGUCUAGUAAAAAUGUGAUUUCUGUUUGGGUAAUGACUAACAAAGCAAAACUAUUUGUUUCCAUUGAUUUCUGUAUUCAUGUAAAUAGAUUUUGUUCAACUAAGAAAGAAAAUGUUGAAUAAAUUAUAUCUUCAUUUGUA